CAAGGCCCUGAGAGCUUUUUCACUAUUGGUGCAGACAUUCUUCGCAUCUCCUUGCAGUUGGUCUAUGUGGAACUGAGUGAGCUGAUGAAGAACCAGAGCAAGCAGGGAGGCCGGCAGGAGACAGGACGAUGGCAGAGUUACAAAGAGAGCCACGACCCUGAGGUUGGCCACUGGGAAUCUUCUCAUGUCUCCUAUCUGACCUUUAAGAGCCUUGUUCAGCUCAGAUGCAUGAUGGACACUGGGGUGGUGACGUUGGACAGAGAAGAGCCAUCACUCUCCAGCAUCAUGGAAAAAAUUGUGGAUGAGAUGAUCAAGAAGAGGCAGAUCAGACCCAGUGACCAUGAUGGGGUUUUUAAAGCUCUAACAGAAAACUGUAGCCAGUCAGUGGAGACACAGCCCUUGGUGUCACCUCUAGAAAUUCAGACAUUCUCAGUUGCAGAAAAGAGAGAUGUAUCUGAAGGUGUGGAGGCCUCCAUGGUGUUUGUAGCGGCUCUGGACUUCCUGGAGAAGCCGACUGUGGCAUUUGUCCGCCUGAAGGAAGCCCAAGUUCUCGAGACAUCGCUGAAGGCUUCAGCUCCUGUUCGCUUCAUCUUUGUGCUCAUUGGAUCAACCAAAAAUGACAUGGACUACCAUGAGACUGGACGAGCUAUGACUGCACUUCUGUCAGAUAAUGUGUUCAACCAGGCAGCAUUAAAAGCUCAGAGUGAUAAAGAGCUGAAUAAUGCGAUGAAGGACUUCCUGGAUUAUAGCAUGGUGAUCCCGCCUACAGAGAUUCAGGACGAAACCAUGCUUGCACCCAUCAUUGGCUUCCAGAAGAAGCUCCUGCAGGACAGACUCCACCUCUCUGAGCCUCAGCAUCACCUCAACCCCAAAGCAGAUAAGAGAUCGUCUAUUUCCAAAGUGCCUCUACCGGAGGAUCCACUGGUGCGCACUGGAAUACCAUUCGGAGGGUUGAUCAGAGAUUUAAGAAGACGCUACAAACACUAUAAGAGUGACAUCACUGAUGCCAUGAAUGCCCAAGUCUUUGCUGCUGUAAUCUUCAUUUACUUUGCCGCCCUCUCCCCUGCUAUCACCUUCGGCGGUCUGCUAGCUGAUAAAGUCGAUAAUAUGAUGGGAGUAUCAGAGCUCAUGCUGUCUACAGCAGUGCAAGGUGUUAUUUUCUGCCUGACUGCAGCCCAGCCAGUCCUCAUCAUCGGCUUCUCAGGACCACUGCUGGUCUUUGAAGAGGCCUUCUAUGGGUUCUGCAAGUCUCAGGACAUUGAGUACAUCGUAGGUAGAGUGUGGGUUGGCAUGUGGCUCAUUAUCAUUGUUGUGCUGAUCGUGGCAGUGGAGGGCAGCUUCCUGGUGCGCUUCAUCUCCCGCUUCACCCAAGAGAUCUUCUCCAUCCUCAUCUCCCUCAUCUUCAUUUAUGAGACGUUUGCCAAACUUGGCAGUAUUUUCAAGGUCCACCCUCUUAAUCUCAACUACGAGCACUUGAACACUUCAGUCGCAGAUCCUUGGCACCCCGUUGUCACCCAUCGCACAACUGUAAAUAAUUCCACAGGCAACAUCACUACGGUCAGCACCAUCCAUUACCGUGCCUACCCCAACACAGCGCUGCUCUCCAUGUGUUUGAUGUUUGGCUGCUUCUCCAUCGCUUACUUCCUACGCAUAUUCAAGAAUGGGUGCUUCCUGCCGGGCAAGGUCCGUCGUUUGAUGGGUGACUUUGGUGUCCCAAUCGCUAUUUUCCUCAUGGUUGCUGUGGAUAUCAACAUUAAUGACACCUACACACAAAAACUAGUGGUGCCUAAGGGCUUGCAGGUGUCUAACCCUGCCAUGCGAGGCUGGCUCAUUAACCCUAUGGGCGAACACAAGCCCUUCCCCACCUGGAUGAAGUUCGCUUGUGUAGUGCCCGCCAUUCUAGUCUUCAUUCUCAUCUUCCUUGAAUCACAGAUCACUACGUUAAUUGUGAGUAAACCCGAGAGGAAGAUGGUGAAAGGUUCAGGCUUCCAUCUGGACCUUCUGAUUUUGGUGUGCAUGGGGGGGUUCAGUGCUUUCUUUGGAAUGCCAUGGCUCAGCGCUGCCACAGUUCGCUCCGUAACACAUGCCAAUGCCCUGACUGUUAUGAGCAAAGGGUCUAAACCAGAGAUUGAAAAGGUUCUGGAACAGAGGCUUAGUGGUGUAUUGGUGGCCCUUCUUGUGGGUCUGUCCAUCCUCAUGGAGCCCAUUCUGAAGAUGAUCCCAAUGGCAGCUUUGUUUGGAAUCUUCCUCUACAUGGGAGUCACGUCUCUGAGUGGCAUUCAGCUGUGGGAUCGCAUACUGCUGCUCCUUAUUCCAAAGAAGUACCAUCCCAAUGAACCAUAUGCUCAAAGAGUGAAGAUGAGCAGGAUGCAUAUGUUCACAGGCAUCCAGAUUGUGUGCCUGGCCAUGCUGUGGAUAGUGAAGUCAAGUCCAUUGUCACUCGCCUUGCCCUUCAUCCUCAUCCUGACCAUCCCGCUGCGUGUGUACCUCAGUCGCCGUGUCUUCACCAAGCUUGAGAUGAAAUGCUUGGAUGCUGUUGAUGUCAAAGUGACAUUUGAGGAGGAGCCCGGAGUGGACGUGUAUGCAGAGACUCGGAUGCCAUCAUAAAUGUGUUACACCAAUGAGGCAAAAGCUACUUUGAGUCCCAUAACAACUUGUGAUAUGGAGAUGCUUAAUAAAUGUAGUAUACCUACCAAUAUCUCCAAGUUAAAUGUAAUCAUUUUAUGACUU